AUGAUUGUACCUCCAUUUCCAGUCGAGGCCUCAGGCGAUUCAUCUUACCAUGCCUUAUGGCCGGGGAUGCAACCCACAGACGAUAGUUUCGUCUAUCAAAAUGUGGUAGACGACUGGUAUCCUUCUCAGAAGAACCUCAGAUGGGAUGUCUCCACUUGGUACGGGCCAGAUGAUGCCGCAGGUGAUUACGUGGAAUAUCAAACAUACCCUGUCACUGUCGGCGAUUCCAUAACCACGGACUUCCAAUUCCACAUGCCAUCAGGAACUUGGACAGAAACCCAGAUCAUCGAGCCAGGUGCGAGUGGUACAACUGCAGGAGAGUCACCUUCAGCAGCUACCAUAAACGUUGCUUUCAAGAACUUUCCAAACAAUGCUGCAAUUCUUACUCAGUUCCUCUUCGUAAUCGAACUUCAAGGAGCAGCAACGUGGAACUUCGGUCCUCUCACCUUCACGAGUAUCAUCAUGACUGCAAACACCACAAGCACAGCUUGGUGCAGCAACCCAGUAUACUCGGGUUCAUUUACCUACAAGAAUACGCAACCUGUGGCUACGGUCGUGAAUGGGCAGUGUCAAUGCUAUGUUGCUAGUUUGACUUUCUUGGCGCCGAGUUCGACGUCGGCUGAGAAUGCGCCUGCGGCUGUUGGUUCUACUGGGAGGUUCAAUGUCACUCAUAAACCUAUCAAGGUUUAG